UUUUCCGCAACCGCAGCUCUAUGGAUGUCGUCCGGAAGUGCGUGGGAGCAACGGAUGGCUUGUUUGUCCGGAUGAUCAAGCCGAGCGCGAAGGAGGUCGCAGAGCCCAACUUGUAUUACAACGGGCACAAGAAAGGCUUCGGCAUGAACUUCCAGGCGGUAUGCGACGCCCAGUAUCGCAUCACGGCCUGGAAGAUGAAUUGCCCAGGCAGCCAAAACGACCGCACCGCGUUCAACUUUUCGGGGUUCGACAAGCUCUUGGCGGGCUUGCCCGAAGGCCACUUUGUCGUGGGCGACGCCGCCUAUGGGGCGUCCGAGCGCGUCGUCGUCCCGUUCCCGGGGACGAGCCUCUCCGCAAGCCAAGACGCGUGCAACUACUACGUGUCUCAGUGCCGGAUGGCAAUCGAGCAGACCUACGGCAUUCUGGUCAGGAGAUGGGGCAUCCUCUGGCGCCCCAUGGAGGUUCGCAUCGAGAAGUUCGAGCACGUGGUGAACGCCGUCGUUCGCCUGCACAACUUCUGUCGGGAUCGAAAGGUGGACGUCCCCACGGAGAACACGGGGUCUGCGAUUCCUCCGCCCGAGGUCGCUUUUGACGACGACGGCCUCAUCAGCAGCGACUACUUCGAGACCGUUCCAGUGCGUACCGGGCGCCCGGUGAAGGACCAGGCUAAGGCGUCGAAGCCGAGGGAGGCCAUCCGCAAGGAGCUGGAGGUGGCCGGCUUGAUGAGGCCAGAGCACAACAUCGCCAGGAGCCACAAACGCGCAAGUUAGAGUGCUGUCGGAACCUUAAACUUGGCAGAGAGGGAGGGGAGGUCGAGGGCGAGAGCGGGAGUGGGGGGCAAGAGCGGGGUCGGAACCGGCGGCCGACGUGGGGUGUGUGUAUCGCGGGGAUCGGGGUGAGGGUCAUGUGCGGUGGUGUCUGUGUGUUGUGUUGUGUUUUGUUGUGUUGUGCAUGUGUGUUUUUCCCCGUGGUUUGAAGGCGGCAUUGUUUGGUGGGCGUUUGUUCGUCUUGCGUUUCUUUUUUUUUCUACGUGCUGGGUUAGGAUCCGACUAACACGUCCUCCCGCCAUCGAAGGUGUUUUUUGUCGAAGCGGUCUACCUCGUAUUCGCGGCCCAUUAUUGAAGUGUCUUUGGGCGUUCGACAUGGGACUACAUAGCUCUGUCACCGUACACUGUUUCCUCGCCAAGGUUCGCUUCUGAUUGAAACUGCCUUUUGGGAAGUAUACGUGAUUGUGGAACUGUGGAUCGGGGCCAACGUGCCGUUGAAUUAGCUGGCGCUUGUUUUAUUGACGAUGAUGUUGCCUAAGAGAGACCGUUUGAGGACGACCGUAAAAGCACUAUUGGUGAUUUACGAGCGUGAGCGACAAGCUCUAAAGCUCUCCCGGAGGGGGGUUCGGUCCUCGCGCACGCCCCCAUGUGGUUGCAUCUGUGUAACCACGCCACUCCUGCCCUUGCCCUGGUGCAUUCCUCGCACAGCAGUAGUAGGCGAUCAGAGUCGGCUUAGACAACGGUACAAGCAAUCCCACGGAAAAAGCUGCUUCCCCAACAAACCGGGCAACCUCCAACAGAGCCGCACUGUCCCACUUCCAUGCUAUUCUCGGGCAUCAAAUACCUCCGGUGUCUGUAAAAAAAAACACACAC